UGCAAAUUUCCAUUUCACUUUGCGGUCCACUUGCAAGAUUAUUUACUUUUGCUCCGGAUACUAAUAUCCAAAGCAAACCCAGCUCAAUUUUCCCUUUACCCACUUUGAUUUCAUCAUAUCAAACAAAAAAGAUACUGUGUUUUCAUCAUCUCAUCCACAGGGUUUAGUAGACAUUUGGGUCUGAGCUGCAUUAGUUGGAAGCAGAGACUUUUGGGAUAAAAUAAGAUGCUUUAAAUAAGAGUCCAAGAAAAGCUCCUGUGUAACAUCUUCAAGAUGGGCACAGAACUCAUCAGGCAUCACGUUAAAGAAGAGAGCAUGGAAAUUUCAUCUAUUCCACCAGGUUUUGAGUCACUUACAGCCUUUUCCCUAAAGAGAGUAGAUGAUAGUGAAGUUGCAUCUAGUUCCUCUGCCCCCAUGAGUGCUUCUGGUUCACAGACAGCAAAGAAGGAACCAAGGCUUGGCUAUAUUGAGGAUGAAGGUGUAAAUAGGUCUAUUAAACGUAGACCAUGGAUAGACCACAGUCAAAUUAAUAGCAGUUCUGGAGAUGAAUCUGAUUCUUUGCAGAAUCGAACUUCAAGUGCUCAGCUCCCUAAGGGGGUUGUCCGUGGUUGUGAAGACUGCAGUACCUGCCAAAAGGUCAUUGCAAGAUGGCAUCCUGGUGAAGCUCGCAUGCCUGAUCUAUUUGAGGCUCCUGUUUUUCACCCGACUGAGGAGGAGUUUGAAGAUACUCUUAAGUACAUUGCAAGCAUACGUGAUGAAGCUGAACCUUAUGGCAUUUGCCGUAUCAUACCACCUCCUUCUUGGAAACCUCCAUGCCCUCUCAAGGAAAAAACGGCGUGGGAAAGUUCAACUUUUGCUACUCGCAUCCAAAGAAUUGACAAACUUCAGAAUCGGGAUUCGUUAAGAAAAUUGCUUAGACCUAAUUACCACAAGAAGAGGAAACAGAGAAGAUGCAUGAAAUCAGGGUCAGAUAACGCAGGGCCUGUUGAACUCAUAGUUUCUGAAGAUGGUUUUGGUUUUGAACCUGGUCCAAGGGUCACCCUUAAAGACUUUCAGAGAUAUGCAGACGAUUUCAAAAACCAGUAUUUCAGGAAAAAUAUAAGUACCACAGAUGCUGGGGGAAACUCCAUUCUCCACGAUAAGUGGGAACCCUCAGUAGAAAUGAUCGAGGGUGAAUAUUGGCGUAUGGUAGAGAAGCCUACUGAAGAAAUCGAGGUGCUUUAUGGUGCUGAUUUGGAAACUGGCUCAUUUGGUAGUGGCUUUCCAAGACAGCCUAAUCAAGUUGCAAGCGCUUCAGAUGAAAAGUAUGUUAGAUCUGGUUGGAACUUGAACAACCUUCCUAGGAUUCCAGGGUCGGUGCUUUCUUAUGAGAGCAGUGAUAUAUCUGGUGUUUUGGUCCCUUGGUUGUAUAUCGGAAUGUGCUUUUCAUCAUUUUGUUGGCAUGUUGAAGAUCAUCAUUUGUAUUCGAUGAAUUACAUGCAUUGGGGCGCUUCAAAAUUGUGGUAUGGUGUACCUGGGAAAGAUGCCAUUAAAUUGGAGGCGGCUAUGAGAAAGCAUUUGCCUGAUCUUUUUGCCGAACAACCAGACUUGCUUCAUAAACUGGUCACACAACUUUCCCCGACCAUACUAAAAUCUGAGGGUGUUCCUGUUUUUCGAUGCGUUCAGAAUCCAGGAGAGUUCGUUCUGACCUUUCCUCGAGCAUAUCAUUCAGGGUUCAAUUGUGGGUUCAACUGUGCGGAGGCUGUAAACGUAGCCCCAGUUGACUGGUUACCUCAUGGGCAAAAUGCCAUUGAGCUCUAUCGUGAGCAGGGCCGGAAGACUUCCGUUUCACAUGACAAACUGUUGCUAGGAGCUGCAAGAGAUGCUGCAAAAGCUCACUGGGAACUUAAUUUACUCAGAAGGAACACUCCAAAUAACUUAAAAUGGAAGGAUGUCUGUGGGAAGGAUGGGAUUCUAUCAAAAGCACUCAAGGCACGUGUGGAGAUGGAGCGGAUGAGGAGGGACUUCCAUUGCAAGAGCUCGCAGGCGUUAAAGAUGGAGGCCACUUUUGAUGCCAACAGUGAGAGAGAAUGCAGUGUAUGCUAUUUUGAUCUACAUCUCUCUGCUGCAGGUUGUCACCGCUGUUCACCCAGCAAAUAUUCAUGCUUAAAUCAUGCAAAACAGUUCUGUUCUUGUUCUUCGGCAGCAAAAUUUUUCCUUUUCCGUCAUGAUAUCAACGAUUUAAGUAUUAUGGUUGAAGCUUUGGAAGGAAAAUUGAGUGCCAUUUACAGAUGGGUAAAACUUGAUCUUGGACUUGCUCUAACUUCCUACGUAUCUAAAGAUGAUAAUUCUCCAAGCAAGAAGGAACUUCCAUCUUUAUCCCCAGAAAAACCUUCAGUGAUCAAGCCUUCAUUAAUGGUGAAUGAUAAUGUUAUACUUAUUAGUGAUGAUGAGGGUGAAAUUAGUACAGCCACUGUCAGUGAGAUGGAUUCAACUUCGGCUUGUGAUGGUGAGGCUCAAGGAGACGAUGCUCGUGGGUCCCAUCCGGAAAACAUUUCUUGCCACGGAGUGUUCUCGAAAGAUGCAAAUCCUGAGAAAUCUCAUGAUCUCUCGAGUACAAAAGAGACUGGUCGUUUCAACGGGGAAAAUCCUAGCGGCCCCCUGCAGGAAACCCCACAAUGUGGCAGUGGAAUGCAGAAGAAUGAGGAAAGACAGAAGACGAAUGCAUUGGAUUUGAACUCGAGGUCAACAGAUAAUGCACGAAUAGCAUCGGGGAACCCAUCAUGCAUCCAGAAUAGUUUGGAUAGGUACUAUCGCCAGAAGGGUCCUCGAGUGGCCAAAGUUGUACGAAGGAUAAACUGUAAUGUUGAGCCUCUGGAAUUUGGUGCAGUGCAAUCUGGACAUUCAUGGUGUGACAAUCGUGCCAUUUACCCUAGAGGUUUCAGGAGUCGAGUUAAGUACAUAAAUGUUUCAGAUCCUACAGACAUGUGUUACUACAUUUCGGAGAUCCGGGAUGGAGGACAGGAUAGACCUCUAUUUGUGGUUUCGUUGGAGAAGUGUCAAAAUGAAGUAUUUAUUCAUUUAUCAGCUGCAAAAAGUUGGGAAAUGGUUCGGGAGAGAGUAAAUCACGAGAUCUCAAAGCAACAUAAGCUAGGAAGGUUAAAACUUCCUCCUUUGCAGCCUCCUGGGAGCCUCGAUGGUAUGGAAAUGUUUGGAUUUUCCUCACCCUCCAUCUUGCAGCGAAUUCAGUCGAUGGACAGGCAUCGGCUAUGCAAAGAGUACUGGGAAUCACGGCCUUUCCAUUCGCAAUCCCAUAAUGAUGAUCAGAAUUCAUCUGUGAAGUUUCAGGAACCAAAUCAUCCCGAUUCUGUAAUGGCUAGCCUGUUCAAGAAGGCAAGUUUAGACGAGUUAAACAUAUUACAGAGUGUUUUAGUUAACGGUGAUUCAACUGCUAAUCGAGCCAGGGUUGCAAGACUUCUCACUGAAGAGAUGCGCAAGCGGUCAAGAUAACCCGUAAAGAUUCCAAAUCUUGACCGUAAAGAUUCCAAUUGGAAUUUAAUUUCUAACUCUGUAAAUACUUUGAUCAUGUUUAGUUACUUACAGGCUUUAGAGCAACAUGUAAACGACCUAAUUUGAUAGAAGUGAUGCUAGCAAACGUAUUCUUCUCAAUGUUCCUCCAAAUUGACAUUGGGGUUAUUCAUUAUUGUGCUCGGAGAGUUUUGUAGGGGUUAAAGUAAGGAGAAACGGGAGAUUGUCGAGUUGGGUGAAUACUCGUGUUUGUUUUCGACAUCACAUUUAUCCAAAACAGGCUAUUUUUUGAGUUAUC